CAGGGACAGCGAGGCUCAACUCCAACUGAGCCAUGCCAGCCAACCUCACAGAGGGCAGCCUCAAUUCCAGCGGGACCACACAGAUGUUGGAUCCUUCCCCAGCUGCCUGCAUCAAAACAGUGACUUCCACUGAAGUGGUAGAGGACGAGGAGUGGGGUUCUUUCUACCACUCCUUUAAGACUGAACAGUUGAUAACUCUGUGGGUCCUCUUUGUUUUCACCAUUGUUGGCAAUGCCAUUGUGCUGUUCUCCACAUGGAGGAGGAAGAGGAAGUCAAGAAUGAUCUUCUUUGUAACUCAGCUGGCCAUCACAGACUCUUUCACAGGACUGGUCAACAUUUUGACAGACAUUAUUUGGCGAUUCACUGGAGACUUCAUGGCACCUGACCUGGUUUGCCGAGUGGUCCGCUAUUUUCAGGUUGUGCUGCUCUAUGCUUCCACCUAUGUCCUGGUGUCCCUCAGUAUAGACAGGUACCACGCCAUCGUCUACCCCAUGAAGUUCCAGCAAGGAGAGAAGCAAGCCAAGGUCCUCAUCGUGAUUGCCUGGAGCCUCUCUUUCCUGUUCUCCAUUCCCACCUUGAUCAUAUUUGGGAAAAGGAAACUCCCCAACGGAGAAGUGCAGUGCUGGGCCCUGUGGCCUGAUGACUCCUACUGGACUCCAUACAUGACCAUCGUGGCCUUCCUAGUGUACUUCAUCCCUCUGGCCAUCAUCAGUGUCAUCUAUGGCAUUGUAAUUCGGACUAUUUGGAUGAAAAGCAAAGCCCAUGAGACAGUGAUUUCCAACUGCUCAG